CUGCUAUCGCUACCACUAUAACUGCUGCUGCUUCCACUGCUUAGCUUCGCUUAGACUUUACUGCUGCCUGCUAUAUGCUAGGUACAUUCGGAACGAGACUGCUGACUGAUGCAUCCAAAGUACUAGAGCACAAUGCUUGGGACCACGUUGAGUGGGAUGAAGCUCACCUAGCUCAUGCAGAAGCGCAAGUUGCCUUCCAGCAGGCUCAUCCAGUCUCUGAUCCGCUCUUAUACAAUGACGACAAGGCUGCAAGUCACUGGGAUACUUUCUAUAAGCAACAUGAUGAGCAAUUCUUCAAGGACCGCAAGUGGAUCCAGCUGGAAUUCCCAGAACUCAUUGCCUGCACCGAAGCAGACGCUGGACCGCUCGUUAUUGCCGAUAUCGGCUGUGCUGUGGGCAAUACACUCUUUCCUCUUUUGCGCAUCAACGAGAAUCCCCAACUCAGGAUUCACGCCCUUGACUUUUCAGCAGAGGCCAUUGAGAUUGUCAAACGUCACCCCGAAAUGACCGCGCAAGUAGAUGCCUGUGUGUGGGACAUGGCCGACCCAGCUGGCUUGCCGAGCACAAUACAACCAGGCUCUGUCGAUGUUUGCGUUCUCAUCUUUAGCUUCUCAGCACUCUCGCCAAAGCAAUGGCCAAUAUGCCUCAAGAACUUACAGCUACUCCUCAAACCAGGCGGUACAGUACUUCUGCGUGACUAUGGACGCUACGAUCUGACACAGCUGCGCAUCAAGCGCGAACGCCUCCUCGAAGACCACUUCUACAUUCGUGGCGAUGGCACGCGUGUCUACUACUUCACCACCGAUGAGAUGCAGCAGCUGUUUAGUGAGGCAAGUGGCUUCUCCAUCUUCCAAAACACAGUCGACCGGCGUCUCCUUGUCAAUCGCAAGGAAAACAAGAAAAUGUAUCGUGCGUGGGUACAGCUCAAGGCGACGCGGCUGGAGGACCCGAAGCCUUGAUGAGUGAUAGGAAGCUCUGUUUGCUGAGCGCUUGUUGCUGCUCUUGUUGUUUUCUACCAGCCGUUCCGGUCGCCGCUGGUGCUGCUG